AUGUUUAAAUUAAAUUUGGAUAGCUAUUAUUAUAUGUAUAUAAAAGGUCUAUUUAAGAGAAAGCACCUUAUUGUACUUUUAGUUAACCUUAUUAUAAUUUUAUCUUUUCAUAAAAAGACAACAGGCAAUUUUUACAUCUUAAAAAAUUAUUUAAAUAUACUUGGUUAUAUAGAUAAAAAACAAGGAAAAAAUUAUAAUAUUAUAAAAGAAAGUCAUUAUGACCCAAAUGAAACAAAAAAAAAAAAUACUUGGGAGGAGGGUGGUAUUCCAUUUUUAAUACAUACAACAGAAGAUACAAAUAAUUAUAUAGAUAUAAAACAAUAUAAUAACUCAUUUUUAAAAUUUUUAAAAAACUACAUACAUAUAAGAAACAGUUACCUAUACAAAUGGAGUUUCUUUUAUAAAAUCAUAACUCCUAUAAACAUUUUAGUAAAAGAAAGACAAAAUUCAAAUUUAGAAUUAAUAAUAAAACAUGAAGAUAUUUUAAACAGCAUAGUUAAGAUAACUUCACUUGUAAUACAGGAAGAUACAAAAAACAAUAAAUUAAUUAAAAAACGUACUUUAUUAUCAUUAACUAAAAGACGUAAAAAUAAAAAAUCUCGUAAGGACAAAUCUUCAAGAAAAAAUAAGAAAUUAAGAAAAAAAAAAAAAAAAAAAAGGAGAAAAAAAAAAAAGAACAAGAGGAGAAAAAAAAAAAAUAAAAAAAGGAACAAAAAAUACCAAGAUGAUGAUGAUGAAGAAGAAGAGGAAGAUAUAACAAAUGAAAAAUACCAAAAAUAUAAAAGAAAUAGACGUAGAAGAAAAGAUGAUGAUAUACCAAUGAUUGAAGCUUCUACAUCGUAUGAAGAUGACGAUUAUCGGAACAGAAAGAGAAUGAUUGAUGAGGAUAGUGAAAAUGAUGAAGACGAAGAGUAUCCCAUUGAAAAGAAAGGGAAAAGGGAAAAAAAAAAGAAACAUAUCGAUGAGGAUUUAGAACUUGAACUAAAAAAGAAAAGGAAAAAAGCGAGAAAAAGAAAAAGAAGAGACCAUGACGAUGAAGAGGAAGAGGACUAUAUACAAUUUAAACCCAAAAGAAAAAAAUUAAGGGCCGAUAAAGAAAAUGAUUAUACAUAUAAAAAACAUGAUUUAGAUGAAGAAGAUAUAAAAGAAAAAAAACAUGAACUCGAAGAAGUAAAUGAUGUUGUCAGUGAAUUAUCAACGAAAAAACAUCUUUUAGAAAAAGCUGAAGAUCAUAUGCUAAAAUUGCUCAAAACCAUUCAUUCGUUAGAAACAAAAAAGUAA